AUGGGAAACUGUCUUUCUUCCUCUGAUCAAAAGGAGGCCAAGGAUCGGAGCGUCGCCAUCGACAAGCAGAUCGAAGAGGAUAGCCGCAAAUUCAAGAAGGAGUGCAAAAUCCUUCUUCUUGGUUCGGGAGAGUCAGGCAAAUCGACCAUCGUCAAGCAGAUGAAGAUCAUCCAUCAAAAUGGCUACACCAAGGACGAAUUGUUACUCUAUCGACUCACCGUCAUCAAAAACCUGGUUGAUUCGGCACAAGCCAUGGUUCUGGCUCUGCGAAAGUUCAAGAUGGAGCCCGAGAUGCCCGAGAACCGCGAAAACGUAGAUGCCAUUCUGCAAUACCGUGUCGACGCCGAUCCAGGAGCAACGCUCGAUCACGCCAUGGCGAGAAAGGUCGACUCACUCUGGAAGGAUCCCAUCGUCCCUGCGAUCAUGGAGCGCAGCAGCGAAUUCUACCUUAUGGAUAGUGCCGCCUACUUUUUCGAUAAUGUCAACCGCAUUGGCCAGUCCGACUACGUGCCCAACGAGAACGACGUUCUUCGUGCACGAUCCAAAACCACUGGUAUUAGCGAGACUCGGUUCAAUAUGGGACAGCUUUCAAUACAUCUCUUUGACGUAGGAGGACAGCGUUCGGAACGUAAAAAGUGGAUCCACUGCUUUGAAGCGGUGACGUCGAUCAUCUUUUGCGUGGCGCUGAGCGAGUACGACCAGGUGCUGUUGGAGGAAAGCGGCCAAAACCGUAUGGCCGAGUCGCUCGUUCUAUUUGAAUCGGUAGUCAACAGUCGUUGGUUCCUGCGCACCUCCGUCAUCCUCUUUCUCAACAAGAUUGACAUUUUCAAGCAAAAGAUUCCAAAACAGCCGCUAUCGAAAUACUUUCCAGAGUACAGCGGCGGGCCGGACAUCAAUAAGGCGGCCAAAUACAUUCUUUGGCGUUUUACACAGACCAAUCGAGCACGUUUGAGCAUCUACCCACAUCUCACGCAGGCCACGGACACGAGUAAUAUUCGCCUCGUCUUUGCAGCGGUCAAAGAGACGAUUCUCACCAACGCGCUCAAGGACAGCGGCAUCUUGUAG